CAUGUGAUUAUUUUGUGUUUAAGGCUGCAUAUUACAUGACAAAACCAUCAGUUCUGCAGAGACAUCUGUCAGAUACAUUGAAACUUAAUGAUGACAAGUCUGAAGCAUUUGUAAAUGCCUGGAUAAGUUCAGCAAAGGGAAUUGUGGAACAUCUGCGACAGAGGUCUUUGUUUCCAGCACAGCUUGAAGAUGUCAGAUGGUCUCUCAACCUUCAGACUGCUUCUGAUUCGCAGACAAAGCAGGUCAUUCCAAAGGCAGUGUUUCAGUUUGGACUGAAAACCAAUGAAAAGUCUCGUGAGAACGUGACAGUUGGGUUUACACAUGAAGAACUAUAUGAAUUCUAUAAACAUCUUGAAACAAUUCAGAGCCAGCUGGAUGGACUGCAUUGAAUGUUGAGCUAUUUGCAUUACAUUUUGUUUAGGUGGAAAAGUGAUUUUGUGGUACAGAACA